AAGGCCAGAGCGACGAUGGCCAAGUUAGACGACUUACCAGCCGAACUGAUUCGCAGGAUAAUCGAUCAAGUCAUCUAUGAUCAGGAGUAUGACCCACAUGGAACUGGUGUUGCUGACUAUCACCAUGCGCUUGACUACAACGAGAUCGUACAGACUCCACAGAAGCCAUGGCCUCAUCUGGAUCACAGAGACUACAAUGGAGGCAGCUCUCUACCCUUCUAUUACCCUAAAAGCUAUCAUUUGAUCGAUCCUCGAAAGAAUCAUCGGGAGCCUGAGAAGAAGAAACGUGGGAAGAAGCACGGCAAGAAACCUGCAGGGAAGAAACCCAUACCGCCGCCCCCAGUUUCAUGGCCACAUGGUCUACCAUCCAAUCCAUUAUUACCGCUCUCAUUGGUCAACCACACCUUCCAACGAUUUGCUCAAGAGUCACUCUUCAACAACGUAGCUUUGCUCGAUGGAUCCCAGGUGUACUCUUUCAGCCGAGCAAUUACUGGCCCAUCCCAGCAGCAUAAUUCGGAGCUCAGGCGCCUUCCAACCGGCACCAAAAGCAGGCCGUUACCUCGUAGGGUGGCUUCAUCACGUGUGAUAGAUCCUUCUUGUCCCAGUUCACUAGCUCGACUUGUUUGCUCAAUACAGUUCAAAUGGCUUGGCAGUGGGACAAUGUGCAGAAUUUCCGUCAAUAGUAUCUGCGACAUUAUCCAAAGCUGUUCAUCUCUCGAAAAUAUUGCCAUGAGUAACCGACUUUAUGUCAACUUCAAAGAACCUAUCCUCAAAGCGCUCGAGAAUAAGCGGCUGACUAAGGAGUUUGUUCUCAUGGACAAUGCCCGGGAGCAUAAAAAUAAUACAUCAAGUUCAAUGCAACACUGGCAUGUGGAAGGAGGCGUUGGUCAUCUGCUAUCUAGUUGGGACUCGCUCGAAACGGUCGAGUUGACUGAUCUCUCUAUUGCAGAGCUCGACCGACCUAGCUUGUGUCAGGUUUUGAGAGAGUCUACUGGUCCGGAUUUGGAAUCCUUGACGGUCAUUGUGCCCAAGGCUUGGUACCCGAUCCACCCAUCCAAGAACCUCAAAUCCUCAGAUGACCCCGCUAAAAACUACAGCCUCUUAGAUAUUGUCUUCAAGAAGUCUUCGGCCUUGAGGAAACUAAAGUCAUUGCACGUUGGCGGUCAAUUGGCCGGACCCGAGUUCUUUAACUUCUUACCUCAAUCAAUUAUCAAGCUUGCAUGGGAGAUCUGCCCCUUCACGGCCACCGCAUUCGCUAAAUCACUCUCAAGCUGGAGAAAGGACGAAACACCUCAACUUCCUUCUCAACCUGGUACCCUACGUAGCUCUGACCAUCUUGUCCAAUGGAUACCAAACUUGAAGUGUUGCUCAGUAUUUGAUGAUUGUCAAAACUGGCCCAGGAAAGAUCGAACAGCAGUUGAGCAGGCGUUGAAAGAACGAGGGGUUUGUUCUCAUAUUGAUUUUCAAGUUAAGAAGGAGUCUUCAGGACUGGACGAGAGUGAUCUGGAAAACGAGGAGGAAUCGGAAGGCACUGAGACCGAGUACGAACAUUACUUAAGGAGGGACUCCGCCUACGACACGUCGGACUUGGGGUCUUCUGAAUCAGACAUGUACUGAUGGUAUUCCCGGCUUGAUAAACAUUUACAUGCUAUAAACAUA